GCCACCUGUUCCAGCUGACAGUAGCAGUAAUAAUGGCAAACAGAAAACGGAUACAGACCAGAGGAAAAAAAUAUGUAGAGGAGACAGAAGCGGAAGGCAGCAGUGUUGGUGCGUCAGCAGCCCCCACAGCACAGCUGGCACUAAACAAUAAAGCACAUGAGUUGCAGAUGUGCAAAAAGAAAAUGGAAUGGCAGAAUGAGAAAAUAGAGGAGUUGACCAAGGAGAGAGAUUUCCUCAAGGAACAACUAGUAUCCGCUCUUAAAAAAGAUGAGCCCAAAGCAACUGCCGGUUCCAUUAGUGUCUCUACACUGGACUCAUCUUCCUCCGAGAUGAGUUCAAAGAGUACAGACUCAGAGUCAUCCAACAGCUCAUCCUCAGAGGACAAGAAGAGGAAGAAGAAGGGGAAAGGGAGAAAGAAGGCAUCCAAGAUGGUUAAAAUGGAAAAAACACUGCAAAGAGCCCGGAAUCCUGAGCAGGCUUUGGCCCGGUACAAAAAGAUUCUUAAAUGCUACAAGAGGCUUGGAACCAUGUCUGGGGCAUUUCGAAAGGUCGGUGUUGACCGUAAUACAGUGGUGGUCAAUGCACCAAUCGCCGAGCUUUCCAUUGCUGCCCCAGACCAGUACAAGGAAGCUUUGAAAACGUAUACCCAUUCCACAAAAUUGAAAGCAUUUGCGGAACACUGUGCCUUGACAAUUCUAGGCGAUGUAGAAAUAGUUGACGCAGUCAACACGCUUAAAGCCAGUGGUAAGCUGCUACCACUGAAAAAGAAAUAAUUAUGUGCAUUUUGUAUUAUGCUUUACAAGUGUUCCUGUAAAGUAAUUUUUACAUUUUCUGUACAAUACCACUGUUCAUAUUUUAUCUGUAUUUUUUUGUUGUGUGUUCUUUGUUGAAAAGAAGAAUUUAUGUAGUUUAAAAUAAAUAUUUGUACGUUUUCAGCACUUCAGCACAUAGCUUCUUUCCCUUUUCUUAAAAUAAUAUUUUGUUUUAACUUGUGUCUCUUUGGUAUCUGCUAGCCACUCAUUUAUAAAUACUUUGAAAAGCAUAGCAAGUCCUCACUUUAGAUGGGCUCACACCAUGUAGUCAACUAAUCCGUAGUAACUCAUGAGUUAAUCAUGAAUUGAAGUCUUGUUAAGUGCUUGUUAAAGAUGCAGUAACACUAACUAUCCGUAGGCAUAUUUCUGAAGGCAUGUCCAAAUAUAAUAAUACAUAUUUGUGUCCAAGUUAUGUUUGCCACUCAUUUAUAAAUGCUUUGUAAAGCAUAGCAAGUCCUCACUUUAGAUGGGCUCACACCAUAUAGUCAACUAAUCAGUAGUAACUCAUGAGUUAAUCAUGAAUUUAAGUUUUUUUAAGUGCUUGUUAAAGACGUAGUAACACUAGCUAUCCGUAGGCAUAGUUCUGAAGGCAUGUCCAAAUAGAAUAAUACAUAUUUGUGUCCAGGUUAUGUUUGCAAUUCAUUUAUAAAUGCUUUGUAAAGCAUAGAAAGUGCUCACUUUAGAUGGGCUCACACCAUGUAGUCAACUAAUCCGUAGUAACUCAUGAAUUAAUCA